AUGGCAUCAAAAAAGCGCCACUUUACUACAAAAGCGCUUUUGGACCAGUUGAGUGACAGCCACACGGAGGUGCUCGCAGAAGUGAGCGAUAGUGAGUCGUGGGGAGAUUUGUCGUCUGACACGUCUGACACUGAUCUGGCAAGUGACAACGGCGAUGAUCCUGCACCUGACCUCAGCGAUGUGCGCACUUGGUGCUCUAUUGACUGCGAUACGGACCAGGUAGCGUCCCCAAGAUUCCCGUUCACUGGAUCACCUGGGAUGAAAGUAGAUGUUGAGCGUGACAACCCUCUGGCAUACCUGCAAUUAUUCCUCACUGAGGAGGUAAUUGAAAAAAUUGUCACGGAGACAAAUCGCUACCAAGAGCAGCAAUCCGCUACGCUGCAUGCCAGGUUUUCCAGAAGCAGAAAGUGGGAACCGGUGACCAAAGAGGACAUCUGGCAGUUUCUGGGACUCAUCAUUCUUCAGGGGGUGGUGGGGAAACCGCUCCAGAAAUGGUACUGGACCACCAAUAAGUUACUGGCCACUCCGUUUUUUGGCACCGUGAUGUCAGAAUACCGGUUUUCCCUCAUCAUGAAGUAUUUCCACUUCACGAACAAUGAAGAAUUUGAUGAGGCCACGCAUCCUGCGCCCAAACUAAAAAAAAUCUGGGAGGUAUGCCAAAUGAUUGUGACCAAUUUCCAGCGGACCUACGUGCCAGAAAGGGACGUCAGCGUGGAUGAAAGUUUGAUGGCCUACAAGGGACGCCUAAGCUGGAUACAGUACAUUGCAUCCAAAAGAGUGCGGUUUGGCAUCAAAUCCUAUAUGCUCUGCGAGUCAUCCACUGGGUACAUCUGGAAUUCGGUCAUUUACACCGGUAAAGGCACGAAGUUCAACCCCAGGUACAGCGGCUAUGGGAUGGCCACAUCAUCUGUCCUUACACUGCUGGAGCCAUUGCUGCACCAGGGCUAUUGUGUGACCACAGACAAUUUCUACACGUCUCCAGAACUGUAUGCAACCAUGUUUUGCUACAAAACAAGACUGAUGCAUAUGGUACCGUUAGGCCUAACCGACGUGACAUGCCAUCUAUGUUUGCCAAGAAAAAACUCAAAACCGGAGAAAUGGUUGCCUGGCAGAAGGGUAAGAUGA